GAGUCCGGCCCCCAAUUAAAGGGCGUAGCAGGCACGCGCUGCGGUUUGGAUGCGCUUAACGGGACGAGUGAAGUUUCUAUUCGGGAAGGUGGCUGUACAGAAGCAGGCUCACAUGGGGGGCACCGACAAGUUUAGAUACCCGAGCGUGUGGCUUUGCGGACUGCUUUGCUUGUUGCAGGUUGUGCCUUCCAUAAAUGUGGAUGUGUCUGGAUGCCAGCCUGGAUUUUCCUCUGCAAACUACACUUUUUCUGUGAACCGUAGGGAGCUGGAGAGGGGCAGAAAGCUUGGCAAAGUGAACUUUGUUGACUGCACAACCCGGAAACAUGGUUUAUAUGAUGUGGGAGAUUCUAGAUUCAGGGUGCUGCCAGAUGGCACUGUUCUAGUAAAACGCCACGUGAAACUCCACAGCAAGGACACCAGAUUUACAAUCAGUACGUGGGAUGCACGUGGCAUUAAGCACUCUACUAACAUUUCUGUUGUGAACAAACGUCAUCGAUCUGGAGAGGAAGCUCGCUCAAGAUCUUCAGAGCUACCAGUGCUGACUUUUCCAGAGAAGCACACCGGCCUGAAAAGGAAGAAGAGAGACUGGGUCAUCCCUCCUAUCAAGGUUUCUGAGAAUGAACGUGGGCCUUUCCCCAAACGUCUUGUGCAGAUUAAAUCCAACAAAGAGAAGUUAAGUAAGGUUUUCUAUAGUAUUACUGGGCAAGGGGCAGACACCCCUCCUGAAGGCAUUUUUCGUAUAGAGAAGGAGACGGGAUGGAUGCAAGUUACCCGGCCUUUGGAUCGUGAAGAAUAUGAGAAAUAUGUGCUGCUUUCUCAUGCUGUUUCUGAGAAUGGUGCUUCUGUGGAGGAGCCGAUGGAAAUAACAGUCACUGUGAUUGAUCAGAAUGAUAACCGUCCCAAGUUCACACAGCCUGUGUUCAGAGGAUCUGUCAGGGAGGGUGUGCAGCCAGGCACCAAGGUGAUGUCUGUAUCUGCAACAGAUGAUGAUGACAACAUAGACAGCCUGAAUGGUGUCAUUGCCUAUUCCAUUCUGAAGCAGGAUCCUGAGGAACCAAUACCAAACUUGUUUACGAUAAACCGAGAAACUGGAGUCAUUAGCUUGAUUGGGACAGGUUUGGACAGAGAGAAAUUUCCAGAAUAUACACUUACUGUGCAAGCUGCAGAUCUGGAUGGUGCAGGACUGACUGCAGAGGGAAAAGCUGUUAUAGAGAUCACGGAUGCAAACGACAAUGCUCCAAUUUUUGAUUCAAAAACUUAUACAGCACUGGUCCCAGAGAAUGAAGUUGGUUUUGAAGUUCAGAGACUGUCUGUUACAGACCUGGAUAUGCCUGGUACUGCUGCAUGGCAGGCAGUCUACAAGAUUAGGGUUAACGAGGGAGGGUUUUUUAAUAUUACCACGGAUCCAGAGUCUAAUCAAGGAAUAUUAACAACUGCUAAGGGUCUGGAUUUUGAAGUAAGGAAGCAGUAUGUGAUACAAAUCACUGUAGAGAAUGCUGUACCUUUCUCGGUUCCACUACCAACCUCUACUGCUACAGUUACUGUGACGGUGGAGGAUGUCAAUGAAGCCCCAGUCUUUGUACCAGUUGUCAGCAGAGUAGAUGUGUCUGAGGACCUUACACGUGGCGAGAAAAUAGUUUCCCUUGUAGCCCAGGACCCUGAUAAGCAACAAAUACAAAAAUUAAGCUACUUCAUUGGCAAUGACCCAGCUCGCUGGCUUACCAUAAAUAAGGACAAUGGCAUUGUCACUGGAAAUGGAAACUUGGAUCGGGAGUCAGAGUAUGUCAAGAACAAUACAUAUACAGUCAUCAUGCUGGUAACAGACGACGGUGUUCCUGUUGGCACUGGCACCGGGACACUCAUUCUGCAUGUGCUGGAUAUCAAUGACAAUGGUCCUGUACCCAGCCCUCGAGUCUUCACCAUGUGUGAUCAAAACCCUGAGCCCCAAGUAUUAACAAUCACUGAUGCCGACAUCCCUCCAAACACCUACCCAUACAGCGUUUCACUUUCACAUGGCUCAGAGUUGACAUGGAAGGCUGAACUUGACAGCAAAGGAACAUCAAUGCGUCUCAGUCCAACACAGCAGCUGAAGAAAGGAGACUACAGCAUCUAUGUGCUUCUGGCUGAUGCUCAAGCUAAUCAGCAGCUGACUGUGGUGAACGCAACUGUGUGCAUCUGUGAGGGAAAAGCAAUAAAAUGCCAGGAAAAACUAGUUGCUGGUUUUGAUUUGCCAAUCAUCCUUGUGAUCUUGGGUUCAAUCUUGGCUUUGCUGAUCUUAUCCUUGCUGCUGCUCCUGUUUCUGAAGAGGAAGAAGGUUGUGAAAGAGCCACUACUUUUGCCAGAGGAUGAUACCAGGGAUAAUAUCUUCUAUUAUGGAGAGGAAGGUGGAGGUGAAGAGGACCAGGAUUAUGACUUGAGCCAGCUGCAUAGAGGCCUAGAUGCUCGUCCAGACAUAAUGAGGAAUGAUGUGGUCCCCACCCUGAUGUCUGUCCCGCACUACAGACCUCGGCCUUCAAACCCAGAUGAAAUUGGUAACUUCAUUGAUGAGAACUUGGAUGCAGCUGACAAUGACCCCACUGCUCCCCCAUACGACUCUCUUUUAGUGUUUGAUUACGAAGGCAGUGGCUCUGAGGCCGCAUCGCUCAGCUCUCUGAACUCUUCCAACUCGAAUAAUGAGCAUGAUUACAACUAUCUGAAUGACUGGGGCCCCCGCUUUAGAAAGUUAGCAGAUAUGUAUGGUGGAGAUGAUGAUGAUGAUGAAGAGUAGAUUGGGAAUCAAAUGGAACUUUUGGUCCCUCUGAGUGGACCUGAUGCCACACUUAACCUUUGCUGAAAUCUGUUUAAAGUUCAGUAAUUGCAGGCAUUCUCAAAUUUCUGUGGGACUGCUGCGGCUUAUAAAAUUCAAUUUCUGGAUGGCAAAGAUCAUAUAAAAGCCAAAUAAAGCCAUGGAAGGGCUACAGAGGUUUUGCAAGAACAGAACCCACGCACGCCUUUAUGACCAUGUUCUGAUGUCAUCUCUCAAGACAAGAUACUAUCACAGUGCCUUUUUUGGUGUGCUGUACAAUCUAACAAACACUGUCAUCUUGGAUUGUGGACCCCUGUCCUGUCCCAUUACCGGGUGUACUUCAUAAAUUCCAUGGCCCCCAAAUAUUUUUUUUUUUUUUUUUUUUUUUAACUCUUUACCCCCCCCCCUGCAAAAUUCAGUUCAUUUACAACUGUUUGGCUCAGAGGAUGGCUAUAAACAAUUGUUUUUGUUUUUACACUUAUGGACUACUUUUUAAAACACUGGACUUUAACAGCCAUACUGGUUUGUGUUAAUUCACUGGGGACUUUAAAGUGUAGUUGAAGCAUAUUGCCACAUUAAAUAUGCCUUUCUACAAACUCUGCAUGGCUAUUUCUGCUUAUGUGAAAAUCAUUGUAUCUUCUACAUCUGAGCUUAUGUAGUUUUAUGCUGAGUGAUGUGGACCACCGAUAAAUUGUGGAGUAAUACGUGGGUUAGCAAAAUGUCUCUUUGCUGUCUACAUCCGCAUUUAUUGUAAAAUGAGGGGCUAGUAUUUGCCUUGGGAGGGGUGGGGUCAGCCUGAAUAAAUUUCCAUAUUCGAACUAAAUCUGUGGCACUGUCAAAUUUCCUUAUGCUUCUUACAAGUUUUUUUUUUUCUGUUUGAAUAUAGCAGUCAUUUUUUCUGUUUGAAUCUAGCAGUCAUUUUAUUCAUUUCACUGUAUUAUGUUCCAUAAUAUUUAUGAGAAAUAGUUUUGUACUUCAAUCACAAGAAAAAAAGCAGCUGUAAAAUACCUGACAUUUUUAUUAAAGGCUUUUUGUUUGUGUUCAGAA